GUUCCAGUACGGGUGGCAGUUUUGUUACUUCUCGGGCAAAAUCCUGCAGCUUGGCUCCAGAUCAGUUCUGUUGGGUUAAUAUUGUAAGGGUACAGUAGCAAAUGUAAAAAUGCAGCAUUUGUAUUAUGUGUUCGAUGCUGUGCAAAUGACUGUUUCUCACAUUUCUACGAUACUUAUCUAUGUCUGUGGUGUAAAACGAUGGACAUCAGAUAAAGAGGAUUUAGUUUUUUUCGUUAUUGCCUUAAAAAUUAAAUUAUGUUUUCUUCAUUCAAACAUCUUUUAUGAACAGUCUGUCAUAAAACAUCGAUAAUUAAGAAUUUGUAUUUGAAAUGGAAACGGCAAUUGGAAACAAUGACACGUGCAUUAUUCAUAAAAAUGAUGAUGAGUUUUAUAAUUACGAUAUGUAGGUAUUUCAAACUGAACGAGAAAAAAAAAUAGUGUCGGGGAGAUUUGAAACACCGCACAAAUAACAUCUUUGGUUCAUAUUCCAAUUCGCUACCGACUGCAGUGUAUACAACGCUAGGAAAACUUCAAAGUCGAUUAUCUCCGUAAAUUUAUGAAAAAGCAUUAAGAACAAUCUAUUUUUCAGCACUUUUUAACCGUGAUGCACGUGCGUGUUUCACUGCGGAACAGAAAGCACCCUCGGCCAAUUUCAGACUGCGCAUUAAGGCUUGGCGCACACAGGUACAGCAUUUCACGUGAAGCAAAAUGUUGCGCAACGUUUUGCUGCAAUAGUUUUGCUUCUUUGCUACUCCAGUGUGUGGGAGGUAAUAUUUUGUUUCAAGCAACAGUACAUAAUACUGUUUGUAUUGUUCUCCUCCACUAGUGGCGCAAUUAACAUGUGUGACGAAGUCAACAUAGCUAUUAUUGCCUAUUGGCAGUUUUUGCAAAUGCUGGACUCAAAUGAAAGGAAACAUUGAGUUCACUUGAUGAGUCAGAGGAAAGACAUUAAGUCUUUCCUCACAGAACUGAAAUCAGAUCCGGGAAAGUUUUACAGUUAUUGUAGAAUGAGUGUCAAUAGUUUUGAAGUGUUGUUGGAACUUGUCGGAGACAAAAUUUCCAAAAAGGACACUAAUUGGAGAUGCAGAGCGACUGUUAAUAACUUUAAGGUCAUAGCUCCGCGACUACCGCCUGGCACGAAGCUCGUGGCCAGCGACAUCAGCCCAGAGAUGUUGGAGUUCUGCAGGCUGCACAACGCACUGCCCGGCACCAUUACGUACGAGCUCUUUGACGCAAUGACACCUCACCUGGAGAAAUCUUCCGUAUGGCAGUACGCACCCUUCGGCAAGGUGUUCGCCGUGAUGGUCAUGCAAUGGCUGUCUGACAACAGACGUGCCAUUCAGAAUAUGCAUAAGCUGCUGGUACCAGGAGGAGAAGCUGUCUUUACCGUAUUAGCUAAGAGUGUCCAUUUGGCUGCUUAUGAAGAACUGGCGAAAGACCCUCGCUGGGCUCGGUACAUGAAGCAGGACGUGGAGACGUUCGUGUCUCCGUAUCAUCGCAGUGAGGACCCAGCCAGCGAGUUCCGUCAGCUGCUGCAGAGCGAGGGCUUCCACGUCGUGUGCUGCGACUUGAGUCCACAGACGUUCGUAUUCCCAUCCGAAGCGCAGCGUAGAGCUGCCCUAAAAUCAGUAAAUGCGUUUCUGAAUCGCAUACCGGAAGACCAGAAGGAUGACUUUAUGGACGACUGGAUGCAUCAUAUGGAGAAACUUGGAGGCUUAACAAAUGACACUGAGCCCACCGGGGAGACGAAGUUCUGCAUGCACUGUACGACACUGGCUGCCGUGGGCAGGAAACUAUAGUACAGAGCCAUCCACACACUUUGCAGCUGUCAUUAACGAUAUUUUAUGUCAUUUUUAUGUUAUGAAUUAGAAGUUCUCUUUCUAUUAAGCUGCCAAUAAAAAAUAACUACGUAUAAUAAAAGGAAGUCAGACGUAAAUGUGGUAAUUAAGUAUUGUUCUUCUGCAUGGGUAUUGUAAAACGCUUUUAGGAGCUGCAUUGACACUGCAUUUUCAGUACCUUUACCCUACUGGAUAUCUUUGCUGUGUAUUUGAAUAUGGGAACUAUGUUAGAAUACUUGCUUAGUGAAGUGGGGGAUGUUGUAAUGAAAGCAGUUUGCCAUUGUCUUUGUCAUAUCUAGAUGUGCGUAUUUGUAUCGGAUGUGUUACUAAUUACAACCCUACAAUUAUACAGCGGUCUUUGUAUCUAUGUAUUUAUGUCAUUAUUAGAUCAAAACAGUAUAUCUUU